AUGUCACCUUUUGGAAGUUCGGCGAAGUUUUUGGUUUUCGUCCUGGUGGCACUUUUGGCCACUUUUUGCUCACAGGUCGCCUCCGAGUCGGUGCGUGAGACCGAGACAUGGAUGCCGCCGAAGGACGUCCACGCCAUUUCCUCUGCGAGCGAGCACAGCGAGUCAUCGGGAGACUUCGGCUUCGCAGAUGACCAAGACGAAGAAGAGGAGGACGACGACGAUGACUACGAUGAUGAUGACUAUUUCUACUAUGACGAUGACGAAGACAAUGAAUAUGAGGUGUCGGGGUCUGGCCACGGUGCAGGAAGCGAGCCCUCUUCUCCGGGACGUGAAGUGACAUCGCCCCCUCAGGGUCCCGACAUGGACAACAAGAUCCCAGAGUGGGCCGGCCCGUCUCCAUCUGCCACGGACGACCAAGACGAGUCGUACGCGGUGCAAAACGGCAACGAGAUUCGACGACCGCCGUCCCGUGCAGGUGCAGAGCCCCCGUCCAACGUGCUAAUGUCUCAUGCUGCCGCCGGACGCGACGACAGCCCGGCCAGGACUGAGGUCCUCGCGGCUCUCAUCUGCGGAGGCGGCGUGGGCCUGACGUUGGCCGUUCUGCUGGUUCUUUUGCUGCUGCACCGCAUGAAGAAGAAAGACGAAGGGAGCUACGAGCUAGGCAAAAAACCCAUUUACACUAAGGCCCCCAGCGCCGAGAUCUAUGCCUAA